CAGUCUCGAAGAUGAGUGGUUAUCGUUGCUCCGGCAAUGGACGGCGGAUUAGCGGUUGUCGACGUGUUCAUUUCUGUGACUCGUUUGAUGCUCAAACUCGGUGGCUACGAUCAGCCUUAACUCUGAUCCAUCGUCCAACGUUCGGGUUUACUUAAAUUCUGUUUGCGAAUCCGGCUGUGAACAGCCAUGGAUGCGAUAUCGAGCUUACCAAAUCUUCCUCCUGUUAUCGGUUCCAAGAGCUUUUCACGAAGCAACAGAAGGUCCAACAACUUAUAUCACAGAAGUCGCCACCAGUUCAGCAAUAGAAGGAAUCGUGUCUCUGCAGUUGUUGAAGUCUCCACCAUUACUUCAGAUCCAUUUACGCCACAGAUCACUUGGCAAAUUGUCGUUGGCACCAUCGCUGGAGUUACACCGUUUGUAGUUGCAGGGAUCGAAUUUAGCAAACGAAUUGUGGCUCAGAAGAAAUGUUUCGAAUGUGGAGGUUCAGGGCUAGUUUUGAUCGAAAAGGAGUAUAUUCGCUGCCCUAAUUGUGGAGGAUUUCUGCCAUGGCAAUCCUGGAAAAGAUUCUUUUCUGGUUAAACUCUACCAUAUCUAAGUAUAUAGAAUCAAUGUGUUGUUAAAUUUUAUAUGAUACAAUACCCAGAUCAAAUUGACAAUGUAAUAUUUAAUUCGAGUUUUGUACCAUUUUAUCUAUUAUAAACUAUAAAAUGUAAUUAUGUAGGCAUCAAUAAUCCAACAGAAUUUGGUUUUUA